AUGCUGAAGAAGUUCGACAAGAAGGACGAGGAGUCCGGUGGAGGCUCCAAUCCAUUUCAGCACCUUGAGAAAAGUGCCGUGUUGCAGGAGGCCCGGGUAUUCAACGAGACUCCCAUCAACCCUCGGAAAUGCGCCCACAUCCUCACCAAGAUUCUCUAUCUCAUAAACCAGGGGGAACACCUGGGGACAACUGAAGCAACAGAGGCCUUCUUUGCCAUGACCAAGCUUUUUCAGUCCAAUGACCCCACUCUCCGAAGGAUGUGUUAUUUGACAAUCAAGGAGAUGUCCAGCAUUGCUGAAGACGUCAUCAUCGUCACCAGCAGUUUGACCAAAGAUAUGACGGGAAAGGAUGACAACUACCGAGGCCCCGCCGUGCGCGCCCUCUGCCAAAUCACUGACAGCACUAUGCUGCAGGCCAUUGAACGCUACAUGAAGCAGGCCAUUGUGGACAAGGUGCCCAGUGUCUCCAGCUCUGCCCUGGUGUCCUCCUUGCAUCUGCUGAAAAGCAGCUUUGAUGUGGUAAAGCGAUGGGUGAACGAGGCUCAGGAAGCAGCCUCUAGUGAUAACAUCAUGGUCCAGUAUCACGCUCUGGGUCUCCUCUACCACGUGCGUAAGAAUGACCGCCUGGCCGUCAACAAGAUGAUUAGUAAGUUCACCAGGCAUGGCCUCAAGUCACCCUUUGCUUAUUGCAUGAUGAUCCGGGUAGCCAGCAAGCAGCUGGAGGAGGAGGAUGGCAGCCGAGACAGCCCUCUGUUUGACUUCAUUGAGAGCUGCUUGCGCAAUAAGCAUGAGAUGGUCGUGUAUGAAGCUGCCUCCGCCAUUGUCAACCUGCCCGGCUGCAGUGCCAAGGAGCUGGCACCGGCCGUGUCGGUGCUCCAGCUCUUCUGCAGCUCCCCAAAGGCCGCACUGCGAUACGCUGCUGUUCGAACUCUCAACAAGGUUGCCAUGAAACAUCCAUCAGCUGUGACUGCCUGCAACCUGGACUUGGAGAACCUGGUAACAGACUCAAACCGCAGUAUUGCCACCCUGGCCAUCACCACCCUGCUGAAGACGGGCAGCGAGAGCAGCAUUGACCGCCUCAUGAAGCAGAUCUCCUCCUUCAUGUCGGAGAUCUCUGAUGAAUUCAAGGUUGUGGUUGUCCAGGCCAUCAGUGCCCUGUGUCAGAAAUAUCCUCGAAAACAUGCAGUCCUUAUGAAUUUCCUGUUCACCAUGCUACGGGAAGAGGGUGGCUUUGAGUAUAAACGGGCUAUUGUGGACUGCAUCAUCAGCAUCAUCGAAGAGAACUCAGAGAGCAAAGAAACAGGGCUCUCCCACCUGUGUGAGUUCAUUGAGGACUGUGAGUUCACUGUGCUGGCUACCCGAAUCUUGCAUCUCCUGGGCCAAGAAGGACCAAAGACCAAUAAUCCCUCCAAGUACAUUCGCUUUAUCUACAACCGUGUGGUCUUAGAGCAUGAGGAAGUCCGGGCAGGUGCUGUUAGUGCUUUGGCCAAAUUUGGAGCCCAGAAUGAGGAAAUGUUACCCAGCAUUUUGGUGUUGCUAAAGAGGUGUGUGAUGGAUGAUGAUAAUGAGGUGAGGGAUCGAGCCACCUUCUAUCUCAGCGUUCUGGAACAGAAGCAAAAGGCACUCAACGCUGGCUACAUUCUCAACGGUUUGACAGUGUCCAUCCCUGGCCUGGAGAGGGCACUGCAGCAAUACACUCUAGAACCCUCCGAAAAGCCUUUUGACCUGAAAUCGGUUCCCCUGGCCACCACUCCCAUUGCAGAGCAGAGACCAGAGAGCACUCCCAUCACAGCAGUCAAACAGCCUGAGAAGGUAGCAGCCACACGACAAGAGAUAUUCCAAGAACAGUUGGCGGCUGUGCCAGAGUUUCAUGGGCUGGGCCCCCUCUUCAAAUCCUCAUCAGAGGCUGUGGCUCUCACCGAAUCUGAGACAGAAUAUGUUGUUCGCUGUACCAAGCACACGUUUCUCAACCACAUGGUGUUCCAGUUUGAUUGCACAAAUACCCUCAAUGAUCAGAUCUUAGAGAAUGUCACGGUGCAGAUGGAGCCUACAGAAUCCUAUGACAUCCUCUGCUACGUCCCUGCCAAAAGCCUGGCCUACAACCAGCCGGGGACCUGCUACACCCUUGUGGCACUUCCUGAAGGAGACCCCACAGCUGUUGCCUGUACUUUCAGCUGUAUGAUGAAGUUCACAGUCAAGGACUGUGAUCCCACCACUGGAGAGACUGAUGAUGAAGGCUAUGAAGAUGAAUAUGUGCUAGAGGACCUUGAGGUGACAUUGGCAGAUCACAUACUCAGGGUUUUGAAGCCAAACUUUGGGGCAGCCUGGGAUGAGGUGGGAGAAGAAUUUGAGAAGGAAGAAACCUUCACUUUAUCCACCAUCAAAACACUUGAAGAGGCUGUUGGUAACAUUGUGAAGUUCCUAGGGAUGCAGCCCUGUGAGAGAUCAGACAAAGUACCCGAGAACAAGAAUUCUCACACGUUGUUCCUCGCUGGAGUAUUCCGGGGUGGUCAUGACAUCCUUGUGCGCUCGAGACUGGUUCUGACAGACACGGUGACAAUGCAAGUUACAGCCAGAAGCACUGAGGAGCUGCCUGUCGACAUCAUUUUGGCAUCUGUAGGCUAAGGAAUUGUCCCUCUUGGGCUCAGCACCCUCUGAUACUACAAUUUCAAUGGGGAGAUUGACCAAGAGAUUCACUCCUUCACAUGAACACAGUGGAAACCUCCCCUUGGCAAUUACUUCUUUAUUAAAAUUAUACAUUUCUGAUUUUUUUUAAUUAGGUGAUUUUGUUUUUAAGGCCUAAAUGGUAGUUGUUUCAGUUUGUGCUGAAGCUUGCUACCCUACCUGUUGUCUGGCCUUCAGAUGAAUAAAGUUACCACACACAGUCUCUGAA